AAAUAAUGAAAUUAGUGGUUAUACAUUCCUUUAGUCUCUGUCAUGAAAAGCUUUUACUUCUCUUUCAGUAGUUUUGUGAAGUGUAACAGUCAGUGUUGGAAGUUGUGAAAUAAAAAUCUUUCCAAGCCCUUCUGGCUUUAAAAGUUUCCACUGAAUAACCUGUUGUCAUUGUGCUGGGUCUGACUGUGGGGGACUUGGCCUUCUCUCUUGCAACUUUCAGUACCUUUGUUUAGUCUGUGUCUUUACUGUUGUCACUAUGAUGUGCUGUGGAGAGUUUCUUUUCUGGUCCUCUCUGUUUGAUGUUCCGUGGACUUCUUGUACUUGGUGAAUAAUUUUCUGUAGAUUUGGGAGACAUUCUUGUGUGAUUGAAUUUAAAAUAUCACCCAUUUCUUUGUUCUUUCUUCUCUGUCCAUAAUUUAUAGGUUUUGCCUUUUAAUGCUGUCCUAAAAUUCCUGCAUAUUCCUUUCCGUGAGUUUUUAAACAGGAAUUUUCUAUGCUUUACCUAAAAGCACUUCUAACUUUGAUUUCUGGAAGGCAAACUUGUUAGGAAAACGGCAAGACAGCCCUCUCGUGGUGACUGCUGAACGCUGCAGGAAGAAUUCAGGGCCUGGUUAGUCAGCAAUGGACUUCCUGUGACACUUCCUGAGACAUGCAUUUCCUGUCAAAAACUGACCGGAGUGGGCGGGGCCAGAGCAAAGGCAGAGACGUGCCAAUGUCCAGAGUGACACUCGGACCUCAGGGUCUUGGAAAACUGAACACCGACUUAGGCAGCACUCCUCUCGGCGGCGUCCAGAAUAGUGCUGAACAGGCGGUGGGCGGAUCCGGACCAAAUCAAAGCUGCAUGCGAACGUUCACCAGGUCAUAGGAACCAAGUGGAGCGGAUCCAUUGAAUUUCACGGAUGUGUCCUUUGACUUCUCCCAGGAGGAGUGGGAAUGCCUAGACUCUGCUCAGAGGGCUUUGUACAGUGAGGUGAUGUUGGAGAACUACAGAAAUCUGGUGUCUGUAGGUCUUGCUGUGUGUAAGCCUGUUCUGGUCUCCUGUCUGGAGCAAAGCAAAGAGCCCUGGAAUGUGAAGAGAGGGGAGACUGUAGCCAACCAGAACUCAACCCUUAGAAGACAGCAGAGAGUUUAUAAUGUAGAGAAGCUCUACAAAUGUGAAGAAUGUGGUGAGUCCUUUAUUCUAAUGUCAAGACUUCGAAGACAUCAGGCAGUGCAUACAGGAGAGAAGCCCUACAAUUGUGAAGAAUGUGACAAGUGCUUUACCAAGGCCUCAAAUCUUAGAAGUCAUAAAAAUAUUCAUACUGGAGAGAAACCCUAUAAAUGUGAAGAAUGUAAUAGGUCCUUUACUGCGAGUUCAACACUUAAGAAUCAUUACAGAAUUCAUACUGGAGAAAAACCUUACAGAUGUGAAGAAUGUGACAAGUCCUUUACCCAGGUCUCACAUCUUAGAAAUCACAAAAGUAUUCAUACUGGAGAGAAACCCUACAAAUGUGAAGAAUGUGACAAGUCUUUUACUGCGAGCUCAACACUUAGGAAUCAUUAUAGAAUUCAUACUGUUGAAAAACCCUACAGAUGUGAAGAAUGUGACAAGUCCUUCACUGCACGCUCAACACUUAAGAUUCAUUACAGAAUUCAUACUGGAGAGAAACCUUACAGAUGUGACAAAUGUGACAAGUCCUUUACCCAGGCCUCAAAUCUUAGAAGUCAUAAAAGUAUUCAUACUGGAGAGAAACCCUACAAAUGUGAAGAAUGUGACAAGUCCUUUAUUGAUAGCUCAAAACUUAGGACACAUUAUAGAAUUCAUACUGGAGAAAAACCAUACAAAUGUAAUGAAUGUGACAAGUGCUUUACUCGAAUGUCACGUCUUAGAAAACAUAGGGCCAUACAUGCUGGAGAGAGACCCUACAAUCGUGGAGAAUGUGACAAGUGCUUUACCAAGGUCUCAAAUCUUAAAAGUCAUAAAAAUAUUCAUACUGGGGAGAAAGUCUACAAAUGAAAAGGGGCUGAGAGUCCUUUACUCAUAUUUCAACUCUUAGAGAUCAUCAAAGAAUGCAUAAUAAAGGGAAACACUACAAAUGUGUUUGGCAAUUCCUUUAACUAUAUAUCAAAUGGUAAACUUACCAAAGACAGCUUACAGCUGCAGAGCAUGUGGAAAUCCUUUUCUCUGUGCUCAACUCUUAGAAAACAAAACAGAAUCUGUACUAAAGCGAUUUGUUGCAAAGUAAGGAAAAUGUUGAAACAUUUAUAUUUAUGUAUUACAAAACUUCACAGUACACUGAAGAAAAUUUAGAAUUAAAUACAAACUGGCAAAAUGUGUAAAAACUUUAUUUCUACAUCAAUAAAAAACAAUUCAUAAGCGGGAAGAAAUGAGAAACAUAAAGAAUGUGAGAAAAACCUUUACUUUUCUAUUCAAUCAUGUUGAAUAUCACAGAAUCCUUAUUGUAGACAAAACCUACAGCUAAAAAUAAUACCAGCCACCAUUCACAAAUGGUGCCAGUCUAAGGAAACAUCUCAUUAUUUAUUAUCAAAGAAUACAGUGUGAAUAAGUACAUAAGUAUUAAGGAAUUGCCACAAUCAAAAGAAUGUUUAGGUGUUUUCAGUACUGACAUGGUAAAAACAACAGAGAUUGGAGAAAAUUUUAAAUUAAUCCUUACAAGAUUUGUGAGUUUAACACUAUAUUAUCCUAUGAUAUUUUAAGCUAGGUUUUUGAAAAUGGAACAUAGUGAUAAAAAUUGAAGACCCUGUAUUCUCAGCCAGAGUAUUGUGAUGAAAUAAAACAAAAGCUAUUAUGUUAGAUAUUAUUAUAAAUUAUUAUAUUUACACAAAAAUGUAUAUAGAUAUAUAUGUAGAUAGAAUCAUAUCUGCAGGAAAGUUAGUUAUAUUCCCAGUACUGUAUCUUCCUGAGGACUGUACAGUAUUUGUUAGUUUAAUAUGGAAAUUAAUUCACUCCAUCUUGCUUUCAAAGGAUUAUUUGACAAUUUGUUUCAAAAGUUGCUGCGUGAGAGCUGAUAAAUACAUAGUACAUUAUCAAGGCAUCAUUAAUAUUAGUUGUACCAUGAAUAAUUAAUGCCUGAGGCAAAAUUCAUAAAUGAGAUCCAAAUUUGAUUUGCUUUUUUACUGAGUAGCACUAAGAAUGCACUUCAGUGUAAAGUAGGAGUGCUUCCUGCUAAGUCAAAACAACCAAUCCUGAAUAUUUGAGAUGAACCAUACUUUCUGUUGAUCAAUAAUGAGAUUAAUAAUGGCAAGUCCAUUGAAUUACUAAUAAAUAUUUUUGUAGAUUUUUUUGGAUUUUGUUAAUACAAUUUCUGUGUGAAAAGUAAAUGAAGACAGAUGAGAACAAUUAUCUUUAAAAAGUUAUAUUUAUGUGCUAUUCUAUGAAUAUAUUAAAAUUUU